AUGGAUUGGACACCUACAGAAGAAGGUCUUUCACAACUAUUACAGCUUAUUAAAGAAUCUGUCUCACCCAAUAAUGAAGUUCAUUCAAUGAUACAACAAAAAUUAGAUUCAUUCAACAAAAUACCAGACUAUCCCAACUAUUUAGUAUACAUUCUGAUACAAUUGAUACAAGAAGAUGCUUCUAUAAGGGCAGUAGCAGGCCUUCUCUUGAAAAAUACCGUCCGGAUGUAUUUUGCAAACAUUCCACGAGAGGUAUUGGCAUACGUGAAGAGUUUCUUAAUUAAAGGUAUAGGUGAUCCAGAUAUUAUGGUACGCGGCAUCGUUGGAAAUGUUAUAACAACAAUUGUGACAAGAGGAGGAUUAACAGAAUGGCCUCAAAUAUUGGUUAAUUUGAUGGAAUUAUUAGAUUCACAAGAUUACAAUACUGUUGAGGGUGCUUUUGGAGCGCUUCAAAAAAUAUGCGAAGAUUCUGCUCGUGAUCUUGAUCAGGAGAUCGAAGGAACUAGACCACUUAAUUAUAUGAUUCCUAAAAUGAUUACAUUCUUUGAUUCACCACAUGUCAAGCUUCGCAUCUAUGCUAUUUCCAGUGUAAAUCAAUUUAUUCUUAUGCGUUCAGAAUCUCUUUUUGUCAAUAUUGAUCCGUUCGUUGCAGCACUUUUCAAACGAGCUACUGAUCAAAACUCUGAAGUUCUUCGUAAAAAUGUUUGUCAAGCUUUGGUUAUGUUACUUGAGGUUCGUCCCGAUAAACUUUUACCCGAAAUUACUAAUGUCGUAGAUUAUAUGCUGUUUUCCACACAAGACAAUGACGAACAAGUUGCACUUGAGGCUUGUGAAUUUUGGUUGGCAUUUGCGGAGCAAGAAGAGCUCCGUAAUCAUUUAAGACCGUUUUUACCAAAAAUUGUACCAGUGUUAUUAAAAGGAAUGAUUUAUAGUGACAUGGAUAUUUUGACUCUUGGUGGCGACGAAGAUGAUACUAAUGUUCCAGAUAGUGAACAAGACAUUAAACCUCGGUUUCAUCGUUCCAAACUACAUGGCUUUGAACGAAUAGAAACAAAUGGAGAGGAGGCACCUAGAACAAUUAUUCCAUCAAGAAUGGAAGCAUCGAGAAUGUGGGAUUUUAGCGUUAGGAGCUGGUGUAUGGAAGGUGUGGAACCGCAUUUACCCAAUCUAAUUCCAUAUCUUAUUCAAACACUUAGUGAUCCUAAACCUUUGGUGAGAUCAAUUACAUGUUGGACCUUAGGUCGUUAUUCUAGUUGGUGUGUCAACCCACCAAAUCCUUUAGAAGAUAGACCUAAAUAUUUUGAACCAUUGUUAGAUGGGCUCUUGAAUAGGGUGCUCGAUAAUAAUAAACGAGUUCAAGAAGCUGCCUGCAGUGCCUUUGCCACUCUUGAAGAAGAAGCAGGAGAAUUAGAAUUAUUAGUUCCUUAUUUGGAUCCUAUUCUGAGAAAUCUUGUGUUUGCUUUUAACAAAUACCAACAUAAAAAUUUGCUUAUUCUUUAUGAUGCUAUUGGUACCUUAGCAGACUCAGUCAAUGGGGCACUUAACAAACCGGAGUUUAUUGAUAUUCUUAUGCCUCCACUUAUCGAAAAGUGGCAUUCAUUGAAAAAUGAUGACAGAGAUUUGUUUCCUUUAUUAGAGUGUCUUUCAUCUGUUACAACGGCUCUUGGAUUAGGGUUUCAACCAUUUGCAGAUCCAGUUUUUGACCGAUGUGUUAAAUUAAUUCAUACUACAAUUUUACAAUUCCAAGCGCAUCAACAAAAUCCUUCACUGGAUAUACCAGACAAAGAUUUUAUGAUUGUCGCGUUGGAUUUAUUAAGUGGAUUGACUCAAGGGCUAGGUAGUAGCAUCGAAGUUUUGGUUGUAAAAAGUAAUCCACCGUUGUUGCCAUUGUUGAAUGCCUGUUUAAAUGAUCCUGUUGCUGAAGUUCGACAAUCAGCAUAUGCACUUUUAGGGGAUCUUUCUAUUGCAUGUUUUAGUCUUGUCAAGCCUUACUUUAAUCAAUUUAUGGGGGAUUUGAUUACUCAAGUAGAUCCUAAUAUAGAGCAUGUUAGUGUUUGUAAUAAUGCAGCAUGGGCAGCCGAAAAUGCGGGAAUUACUAUUGGUAGGUUAGGGUUGGUAUGUCCACAAUUAGUUGCUCCACAUUUGGAUGUUUUCUCUGAAGCAUGGUGCAAAGCUUUACGAUCUAUUCGUGAUAAUGAAGAAAAAGAUACAGCAUUCCGUGGGCUUUGUGAAAUGAUACAUGUAAAUCCUAACGGAAUUGCAAAGAGUUUCAUGUUUUUCUGUGAUGCUGUUGUACAAUGGCAAGAACCACCACCGACAUUAAAUGAAGUAUUUCACAAGAUCCUUACAGGUUUCAAACAAAUGAUGGGACCUAAUUGGGAGGAAUACACUAAUCGUUUUCCACCUUAUAUAAGGCAAAGACUUA